AUGCUCUCUUGUUCAGAAUGUCCCUCUCGAACAUGGGUUUGUUCUGACUUUUAUGACCCUGACUCGCCAUCUAAUGCCAUCGAUUAUUAUCAAUUGGCUUCAUUUGUUUUUCCCAAAUGUAAGAAUGAUGCACCACAGGACCACUCAAACGUUCAUCAAGAAGUGUUGAAAUCUGAAGAUGAUGCUGUCGACCAUCAUGAUUUCGGCUUUGUGAAGGAAGAAGAAUUCUCUGUCAACUUUGAAUUAGAUUUUUCGUCAGAAGAAGAUGGGUACUCUCAACAACAAGAGUCCAAUACCUCUUACAAGUUUCUGACGUAUCCCAAGGCUAUCACUCUUUUGGUGACUCUUUUUUUGGUUUGGUUCCAAUGGAUGUGUAAUCAUACCAUUCUGACGCUCUCAAUAGCAAUGUUGUUCGUGGCCAUUCUCUCAGUUUUAGAACAGCAAUCGAGGACGAAUAUUUCUCUUUCAAAAGCAAACGAACAAUUGCAAGAAAUGGUUCUUCAAAGAGAGCGAGCUCAUAGACAAAAUUAA